AUGGUGUACAGGGCUGCAGCCGCCGCACUCAUCGUUUAUGACAUCACAGAUCAGAAUUCGUUUGAUGAGGUUGAUUACUGGAUCUCAGAGCUAAGGAGUAAGGGUCCUGAGGAAAUCUUGAUUUAUGUGAUUGGAAACAAAGCAGAUCUUGAAUCAUGCCGUGUUGUCGACCGGGAAGUGGCAGAGAGUUACGCCCAAACCAAAGGAGUGUUUCACUUUCAUUCCAGCGCCAAGACUGGCCAGGGUGUCGAAGAAAUCUUCUAUCAUAUUUGUCAAGAAGAGCUCAAGAAGAGUUCAAUAAAAGAAACUGGAUGCAAGAAUCGUCAGAGUACGGUCGAUGUCUCAAACUCCACCAAUUCCGAUGGAAACAACGGCGGUCAUCGCGGUCCAUGUCGAUGUCAGUAA